UGGAAGAGAAAAUCUGAUUGGUGAUUAUCAUGACAAGAAUUCCCAAGUUACUUUUCCUCUUCGGAGUUCUUUCUGUUACUCAGCUUCCAAGCACAGUGUAUUCCAAUGAGAUUCCAUCUAAUGCUAUGUGCAAAGAAAAUGGAGAGAGGUUCUACAGUCCAGGAGCACAGGGUUGCAACCGUAAUGACAAGAAGACCAAUGAUGGUUGUUGUAAAGAAUGUAAUACCUGCCCAAUAGGCUAUGGACAGAAACGCCAGUUUUUUCCUGAUCCAUGUGACAUAGUCUGUGAGCCAUGUAAAAAAGGUGAAACAUUUAGUAAUAAAAUUGGAGUUGCCUAUUGUUUACCAUGCAAAACCUGUGAACUCUCACAUCGCAUCACUGCCACUGAAUGCACAGCAACAGCCAAUAGCCAGUGUGGAAAAUGCAAGGAUGGCUACUACGAAACACGAGAUAUCAUUACUCAUGUAGCAGACAUAAUCUGCGCGGAAUGCUGGACAUCAGAUGAUCACCCAAGCUGCAAAGAAUUUUUUGACAAGACAUCUUCACCUCCACCAAUGACAGCACCCACAACACCACUGGUGUCUUCAACACCCACAACUACAAUGGUGUCUUCAACACCCACAACACCACUGGUGUCUUCAACACCAACAACACUAAUUGUGUUUACAACCACAAAAAUAGUAGGCCCAAAUGUCAGAAAUGUGACUAUUACUCAGAAACCAGAGAAGCAUGCUUCACUUAUCAGUAACACAAAAGGUGACUCCAACAGUGAGAACAUCACCAGCCCAUCUGUAAAUUCUGACAAUGGCCUCAGCAUUGGCACCAUUAUUGCUGCAGUUACAGUUGUUACAGUAGCAAUCAUAGCUGCUGUAGUUGCAGGAUGCAAAUAUUGUAGGAAUUCAGAAAACCAACAGACUUCUCAUGAAACAGAUUCAUCUGAUGACAAAGGAAACAAUCUACAUAUAACCAGGGUAUUUUCAGAUGUUCAUAACUCACUAUUGGAGAACCAGGCACUGUUCACAGAAAAUGAAGAGAGAAUGCCACCGAAACAAAAGUCGACAUCUGCAGGAGCAAGAUAUGUACAGGUACCAAACAGUCCAGAACAAGGUGGAAGUACCAAGCUGGAGGUCAACGAAUUGCAGCAGAUGUCAGAGAAGGUUUCUGGCACUGGCUUAAACUCUGGAAAUAAUUCUCCUCUACCUGAAUCACACAAACCUUCACCACACAGUCCUCACCGUUGUGAAGAAUGUGAGAAUAUGAAAACUUCCACCUGCACCUUCCAUCAGGUUAGUCAAAGUCUGCAGAUGAAGACCACAAUAGAUCCAAAAGGUGGAAAAUAUGCUGAAGGUGAAGAUAAACCAAAUGGAAGCAGUAACAGCAUUCCUGGACAUGCUAAAGUAUCACCCACGUCAUCAGGUUACCUGUCAGAUGCAGAUCCAAAAACUUUGGAUAACAGUUCCCAGGGAAGCUCUGGUGAGGAGGAAUGGGAGGAUGCUCACAAUUAUUCCAAAGAUCAAAACCUUCCAGCUGGGAAUGAUCAGAUACAGACAGGGAGGGUUGUGACAGAGGCAGAGACAAAGCCACGAUCUAAAGCAAAAGCACCAAGAGAACAAGUAAGCAUAAUCAUUUAUUUCAUCUUAUGGCCACUUUAAUCAUGAAACCAUUUGCUUAAUCAGGAAUAUUCUGAAAAAUU